AUGUCUCAGAAGCUCCAGGUUGCAGUUGCAGGCGUUGGCCGCAUGGGCAUGCGCCAUGCCCGUCACUUCGCCACGCUCACUCCCCGCGCUGAGCUGAUCGCCGUCUGCUCGCCAAUCCAGUCCGAGCUCAAUGCUGCAAAGGCCGAGUUCGGUUGCCGCACUUACACCGAUUACGAGACUAUGUUGAACGAGGAGAAGACUUUGCAAGCUGUCGUCGUUGCUAGCGCUACUACCGUGCACGCCGAGCAGGCUAUUAAGGCUAUUGAGCGGGGUCUGCAUGUUCUUUGCGAGAAGCCUAUCUCUACCAGUCCCGAGAUUUCCCAAUCCGUCGUCGACGCCUACAAAGCCUCCAUCAAAAAGUUCCCUUCCCAGAAAGUCAUCUGCGGUUUCAGCCGCCGUUUCGAUGCCUCCUACCGCGACGCACACUCCCGCAUGGCUGCUGGAAACAUCGGCACGCCAUCCGUCUUCCGAUCGCAGACCUGCGAUAAGCUCGAUCCUAGCGGUUUCUUCGUGGCCUAUGCCGAGUUCUCGGGUGGGAUCUUCGUGGACUGCAGUAUCCAUGAUAUCGAUCUUGCGCUGUGGUUCUUUGGCGAGGAUACUAAGGUUAAGAGCGUGACUGCUGUUGGUAUUACGGCUGUGCAGCCUGAUCUGCGUAAGCACAAUGAUCGGGAUAAUGCGCUUGGUAUUAUUGAGUUCUACGGCGGCAAAAUCGCCCAACUCUACUGCUCCCGCAUGAUGGCCGCCGGCCAAGAAGACUGCACCGAAAUCUUCGGCACAGAGGGCAAAAUCGCCAUCAACACCCAGCCCCAGCUCAACCUUGUCAACCUGUACGAGUCAACCGGUAUCCGGCGCGAGAUUCCCGCAGACUACUACGGGCGCUUCCGCGAGGCGUUUAUCACCGAGGCGAAUGAGUUUACUGCUUCUUGUUUGGAUAAUACUAAGCCUCCUUUGCAGUUGGACUCGGCUGUUAAGGCUGUUGCUAUUGGAUGUGCGCUGCAGGAGUCCCUGAUUACGGGGAAGAAGAUUGAGUUUGAUGAGAGUGGGAAGAGGGUUGAGGUUUCCCAUCUGUAG